AUGGGAACAUCUCAGUCUAAGCAAUACAAAAGCUCAAAUGGGCACAGGGAGCGGCGACUUUGCCCUUUGCAUGACAGCAGGUCACGGCGGCAAACUCCGGGUACGGAACCCUGGGGCGGCUCCGAUCGUUCCUCGGGCAAACACCGUAAAGGCGUAUCAGGUGUGCGCAAAAUCAACCUUGGUAGGUUCAGGCAAGCGUGGGCAUUUCACCGGGGACGCACACAUGCCUCGGGGUUUCAUGAUGAGGAUCACGUCGAGAAGACCGUCGCGAUGCCCUGGUUCGGCAAGUCGCAGAAUCAAGGACCUUUCCUCACACCGCGUGAGCCGGUCAAGGACGAUCUCUCGUCUUCAAGAAAUGUGGUCGCAACUAAUGCCUCAGAGUAUUUUAGCGUUGUCAAAGCUAGUGAACAUUCUGAUGCCUCCGACAAGUUCAUAGCACGCCCCUGGCAGGCAUGGGCGUGUUCUCGAAUGGGAGGCCCGCUAUGCCGGUCCUUCGCAAAUCUACUACAAUAUAUGAAUGAAGAUGUCAUUGAAGGGUUGAGCCACCACCCGUGCCCAAAUGAGGGACUUGCCUUGAUGUACACAAACUGUUUCCACGUCCCGCUGCCGGUGGAGCCCACACUCGAGCCUAGCCCAAAUGCCCUAGGUUACCUGUUUCCUGGCACGUACUUCAAGGUACUUGAUGUCAGAGCGUGCAUUACCCAAGCGUCGUAUCUGCUACGCCUGAAAACGCUUGAGGGGUGGGUAACAGGAGCAUCAUUGCAGCUGCUUCAGCCGCCUCCGGAUCCGCGAGUUAGAUCAUGGAGGCCCGCAAACGAAGAAGCCAUAACGAAAUCGACGCAGCGUUCUCCUGCAGUUGUGGUGGCCGCUGGCGGUAGCAGGGGGGACUCUGCUCCUCCCCAUCUCCAGGGGAAGCUUGACUCCGUUUUGAACAGUUUCCAGACUUUGAAUGCGAGCGAAGGCACAGCGGACGAUUUCUCCGAGUUUGAAGAGGGACCAUUACCGUGUUUCGCUGUAGUUUACGCCUGUCGUGCUACUCGCUCCCGCAGCUUUCAGGAGUGCAUCAUUUUAUCAGAGGAACGUGAAAGCUACCGAAGCCUCAGCAGGUUGGCGAAGGUUUCAACCUUGCAGCGUUUCGAGGAGGCACUGCAGGAAGCAAGCCCCCAUAUUUUCUUAAAGGCUGGCGAAAUGCCGGGCCCGAAGGCCUCAUGGGAUGGCAGUGCUCGCAGCAUGCCAUUAGAUGAGGUCGUGGCAGCCAAUUCUGUCAGCAGUCAGAGCAGAGGCCUUCGCCCAAUGCAGCAUCCUUUCAUACUGUACCGCGUACGGGCAGCUGGGCCUGUGGCCGUAAGUGCAACCCCUCACUUAGGCUCUCUCACUGUGGGGCGCCUUCUACGUGGGCAGGUCUUCCCCGUCCUAGACGUUUGCCUUGUGUGCUGCGUCCCAGCUUGUGGGAGGCUCGCAGGGGAAAAUGGCUGCGUGAUUGCCGGCUGGGAGUUUUCAGGAUCAGAGGGAAGCGACUCCACGCAAGCCGGGCCGUCUGUUGGGUUGCGUGAUCGAGAGUCGAAGAGAAGCCUAUGCCGCUUGACACGCAGGAGGCGCGUGCAUGUCCGCGCCUGCACUGUAGAAGGCUGGGUGACUCUCGACCGAUUGACAGAGAGAGUGGACGAAUGCGAGAUUGUGUACAGCAGUCCUCGCCUCUACGAGAUUGUCGCGGACGGCUACCUCGUAAAUGUGAGGCCCUCGCUUGAGAUAGAAGGACUUGUUCGCCGAACAUUGCCACCAGCAACGCUAGUAGAAGUCUUCGAAAGGAAGAUUAACAGAGAAGGGCUUGUCCGCCUAAGGUUAGCUGAUGGAUGGAUAAACGAGCGAAGAAAGGGGUCAGGGGAUGGGGGAUUCUUUUUCGCCAGACCUGUUAUGGAUAGGCGCGCAGAUAAUUUUUUACGGCAAAUUACGGCUGUGGGCGUUCUGUUACCUGCCCUCUGCUCCGUGCACAGCAGAGUUCGCACAUUAGCAGCCACCUGGGUUGCUGCCAAUGCCACGCAGUCAGCCAUAGGCUCUGCAGCUUUCAUGGAAGAAGUAGACAUAACCUUAUUAGAGGAAGCGCUUGUUCGGUGCUCGUGCUGCCACUGCAAGCGAUACGAUCAAGGUGACGGAGAAGGCCAGGGAGUUGAAUCAUCCGGUUGUCACUACAGCUACCAUCAGCAUGACCGGGAUGAUCAUUUAGCUUCUUUUGGUGAGACCACACCUUCCUUUCCAACCACGUCCGCAAUACCUCCGUCGGAAAGCAAGCUCAAGGGUGAUGCUGAUGGGACGGGCGAGAGGCAGAAUGCAUCCUGUCAAUGCAGCACUACAUCCCCUACUGCCCCAUGUGGCUGCAUUGCCAUGGCUGCCAAGGAUUUGCCUUUCACAGAAUCUCCAGUGACCACAUCUCCCACACCUCGGGCCUCCGCGUCUACCUCGUCAGCACCCCGAACUGCGGCAGAGGUCACGGGUAACUCGUACGACUCAAUGGCAUUUGUAGUGGGUGUGACUACUCCCCUGAUGCGGAGCGAUGAAUGUAGUCGUGGGCAGUGUCACAGAGGACGCUGUUGCUUGGAAGGAGAUGUGGAAUCCAUGGCUGAAAUUUCAGACUCAGAUUUGAAGGGAACUGACAACCACCAGAAACAUGGAAGACUGUGGAGCUCUUUGUUUUCUCUUACUAGGGUGGCUUCGACGCUUCCGUCUGGACUCGCGUCUUUCCAUUGUCUGCACUGCUCCCACACCGAAAAUUCGGCACAAGAGCCUGGCGCUAACGAGGCAGACGAUGAAGAACAUGCAAGUACAGUUUUUGAAAAUUGCAGGGUGCUGUGCCAGCGCCCUGAUUGCGAUGCUUCUAUAGGCUCCCCGGGGGAGCAGUGUUCACGAGAAAAGCUGAGAAAUGCCACUCGAUCACUCCAGCGUUCAUCAGUCAGCGUGGACAGCCUGAGGACAUGUGCCACAACUGUGCCGUCAACGUCCCUAGACUAUUGCCAGUCACGCGCGUUCAGCUUGAUCCCUUCCCCUGAACUGGGCAUGGGAUUGGGUUCAAACCACGAUCUACAAGCCUGCAGAAUCUCUCUCUCGCCUUCAGACACCCUGUACCAGUUCUGCGUGGCGGCAGUAUACUCCUCACUGGCGGAGCAUAGGGAGCCAGUUCCCCCUUACACGGUUUAUCGCCCUCCUCUUGGUAGUUUUGUUGCUCCUUUGGAUCCGGACAAUACAAUGACGUUAGAGGGCUCCUCUUGUAACAAAAAUCUGCUUCACAUGUACAUGCCAUACCUGAACCUGAAGGAGGGAAAGCUCUCAUUAGGCAACCCAAGUCGCUACAGCAGCUUCUCCUUCCACCAGCCUCCCAUUAUCGUAGCUUGUUUAAACGAAUACUUCCUUUUCCACGGGUGUACUGAAGAACGUGCGAAGCUGAUAGCACUAUCUGGCUUCGAUUUCCGUAGGGGAGGCGAAAACGGAGGGAAACUGUUUGGCAUAGGCACUUACUUCUCUCCAUUCGCGAGCAAAGCAGAUUUAUACACUCGUCUCAACGACUCCGCAUCGAGAUCUGUUGGACCUGGUCCCCUGAUGCCUAUUGCCCUCCACAACUUGCCAUCCCUCACACCUUUGCCGGUUCACCUGGCACGCCCAGCCAAAGGGGCUCCGGGAGGUUCUCCUGCGGUUCCUGGUAUUCCAGGUCAAAUGGUGGCUACAAUGGGAGGUCCCAGUGCUGUGCUCUCUGACCCAAACGCAACCCGAUCUACAGCAGUUAGCCUACGGCUUUUGAAAGGCAGUUGGGUAGGGGGUGGAAAAGGAGGUGGCAGCGGCCCACCGCUGAUGCCAGCUUCAUCAGCUUCCCAUUCAACACAACCAGAGGGAGCUAUCAAGAAGGAGAAGGAAACAGGUCUCAGGGCAGUAUGCACUAAAUUCGCCAGACAGAAUAACGGACGCAGUAAUAGCCAAUCAAAAGCCGGUGUAGUGCCCGGCCAGAAAGGUGGUACCUCGACUGUGGCCACCACGCAGCCAACAAACUCGCACCAACAAGCGCGGGCGCCAGAUGCUGCAGGGGGGGCAAACCGUCAUGCCAAGGGAAGCGCGGUGCGCGCAAGUUCAAGCAAUUCGAGUACACGACCCCCCUUGCGGUGUUUACUCCUUGCCCGCGUCUGCCUAGGAGAGGUGUACAAGGCUCUGGGCCCGAUAUCAGACGCCCGCAUGCCCCCUCUCAAGGCUCAUCCGGUAUCAUCCAAGCUGACGUACGAUUCAGUGAUGGCGGAAUGUCGCACGCGCGGAGGCAUUGUCGACGGAGUGGAGUUUGUGGUGUUCGAAAGAGCUCAGGCUCUGCCCGAGUUCAUUAUAACGUAUUCACACGCGUCUCAGUGUCAGUGUGCUGAAUGUCAUCGACAGCUCACCCAGUGA